AUCGAAAAGCGGCCGUCCGGCCAAAUGCUUCGCCUGGUGAUUAUUGCGCAUGCGGCAUAUAAAAUCGAUAUGAUAUAUAUCGCCCAGCCCUAGUCUCCACCAUAUACCUCUCCCACCACAGAAUGGUAAGCACAGCCCUGUAGUGUGAAUGUGUUGCCUCUCUCUGGGGGGGUCUGUCAGGCUGAUGUCACACUGGCUGUGACCCUGUCACCCAACACCCUUGACUUUGUCUGCAUUUUAGCAGGAGACGCAGUAAUUGCACCAGGAAUCAAUAAGCACUCUCCGGGAGAUGCAGAGCUUUUUCCACUAUAUCAGCUCAUCUGUAAUUUCUACUCAUCUUCUUUCCCUUUAUUCCUCAUCUUGCUGUUUCCGUUUGGCUUCACUUCCUGCUGUCUUGUGUUCAGGUUGUUUUUGGGGUGACUGAUCCCUGACAUGGGGAUCUGUGGUCCUUUUACCAGUCAGUCUCCAAAGUGUGGAUCCCCCUGCCCCCCUCCCCGCCUGUAGUUUCUGUCUCUUCUUAGUGCCUGGCUCCCGGUGAUAAACCCUUUAUCGCUUCUGCUCCUGUGUGCAGGCUGAAAGCUCACUCAUCUUUCUAAAUGGCCACAGUUGGUUUUAUUUCAUCACGGUAUCCAAGUUUGUGCGUGCUUGUACAAAUACAGGACUCUAUUGCAACGAAAAUACACAUCCCUGCAACAGUGUUGGAGAUAAACUUUGCAAACUUUUUGUUUGUGUGCGGGUGUGUGAGCGCUCUGUUGAAUGACAUCACCACCUGGGUUGGCUUGUCUCAUUCUGUAUUUGCAUUGAGGGAUUGAAAUGCUCCCCUCGUACCCUCUUGCCCUUGUUUGUGAACUGGGCAGGUGCUGCAGUGUUGGCAGCCUUGCCCAGCUCUGCCUUGCCCCGCUCAGCCCUGUGCACAGAUGUGUGUAGCUGAGCCUAACCCUGUGUUGGCUGCUGAUGUGCAAGGAAAGCUCUCCAGCCUAUUGUUGUCACCAUGUGGUUGAUGUUGCUUGGAAUCAGACUCGUGUGCCAAAUCUGGCAUCGCUGGUUACCGAAGGCUGUGGUGACCAGGGGGCAUUUGCAUAUCUGACAGCCUUGUGCACAUUUGCAGCUUACCAACUUUGCUGAUGGCAACAAUUAACUCAUAGCGUCUUUAAGUAGAGAUCCCCCAAAGUGGGGAACAAUGCAGGGCUAAGGUGGGUUUCACAGCACUAAUGUUUGGUUUUUGACAAGCACCACCAUCUCUGAAAGCAGCAGGAAUGCUUUUGUUUUCCUAGGCACAUUCUCUUCUUGGAAGGUGGGGCGGGGGGUUAAAUAAGUCUAACUGGGAUGUUUGGCAUACCGUCAUUUGUGAGGAAUGUUCUUUUGGGCUGGAUCUUUGUUCAUUGGGUCAUCUUAACGUGGUUAACGCUGCAGUGCAGUAAUGCAGCCAUUGAGAUUCCAUUCACUUUUGCCACAAAACCCUUUCUCACAUCCCUCUCUCUCUCGCUCGUGCUCUCUCUCUCACACACACACACACUCCCUUGUAGUCAUCAGCCAGGGACGUGUCAGUGCUAGUCUAUGAGUGGGGGGGGGAGCUUUCUCCCAGCUCCCAGGAUGACAGUGUGUUUCCAGCAAAGUGGAGCAGAGCGGUGCAUAUUGAUGACAUCACCCUCCUGCUCGCCCCGCCCCAACAACAGGCCCUGUUCUCUCUUCUCGAGAGGGGGUUCUGGCUGUGUUUACUGCCUGCCUCUGCAUGCGUGAAAGAGAGGGAGAGAGAAGGAUCUUGUAAAAGCUGACGUAGUCGUUUUUUUUUUUUUUUUUUUCCUUUCCCCAGCCCUCCCCCAGCACCACUUGAGUGAGAGAAAGAGCCGAUAGGGAGAGUAGGGAGGGGUAGGGUUGCUGAGGCACAGAGCAGGCGCUAGGACAGCACGCAGGAAGCAGCAGCACCGCUGCCGUGCACCGGCACAGGGAGAUUCAGCUGCCUUCUCACACAGCACUCUGGAAGGGAACUUCUGCCUGUCUGCAUCGCAGAAAGACCUGGAGCCUCUGGGUGCUCUCUCAAGCACUCGGCUGCACACGUACAUGCAUGCUAUGUUCACUGGGGCACUGAAAGUCUGAGUGGAGGGAGGGAGGGAUCGAUCGCUGUGCCUGGGAGAGAAGUAUACAGAGGACACCCACUGUUGGACUUGUCAGUCAGUCUAGUGCCAGCCCCAGUGUUGUUUUACCCACAAUCCCCUGCGGUGCCAUGUUGAGCCUCCAGGAUUCUGUCUUUUUUGAGAUCAACAUCAAAUCGUUGCUGAAGUCAUGGAGCUGUAACUCCUCGGCCCCGGUCAGCGGCCCCAGUAGACGUCGCCUUCCCACCGGCUCGCCCGCCCCCUGGGGGAAGCGCAGCGCCGCCAUGUGCAGCAUCACCAUCGACCCCGAGCUGAAGCCCGGCGAGUACGUCAUCAAGAGCCUCUUCGCCGAGUUUGCCGUGCUGGCCGAGAAGAAGAUCGAAGUGGUCAUGGCUGAGCCACUGGAGAAGCCCCUGUCUCGCUCUCUCCAGAGGGGAGAGGAUCCACAGUUUGAUCAGUUAAUAAGCUCUAUGAGCUCCAUAGCAGAACACUGUCUGCCCUCGUUGCUGCGUACCCUCUUCGACUGGUACCGGCGUCAGAGUGGCACGGAGGAUGAGUCCUACGAGUACAGGCCCCGCUCCAGUACCAAGUCCAAAGGGGAUGAGCAGCACCGUGACAAAGACUACCUACUGGAGCGGAGAGACUUAGCCAUAGAUUUUAUUUUUUGUUUAGUAUCAGUGGAGGUUUUAAAACAGAUUCCUCUCCAUCCUGUGCCAGAUGCUUUAGUACAUGAAGUUCUGAACUUGGCUUUCAAGCACUUUAAACACAAGGAGGGGUACUCUGGGCCGAACACUGGCAACGUGCACAUCAUUGCUGACCUCUAUGCAGAGGUCAUUGGAGUCCUCACUCAGUCAAAGUUCCAGGCGGUCAGGAAGAAGUUCAUGACAGAGCUGAAGGAGCUGCGACAGAAGGAGCAGAGUCCCCAUGUGAUCCAAAGCAUCAUCAGCCUCAUCAUGGGCAUGAAGUUCUUCCGGGUUAAGAUGUAUCCUGUGGAGGACUUUGAGGCGUCCUUCCAAUUCAUGCAGGAAUGUGCACAGUAUUUCCUGGAGGUGAAGGACAAAGACAUCAAGCAUGCGCUGGCUGGCCUCUUUGUGGAGAUUCUGAUUCCUGUGGCCGCUGCGGUGAAGAACGAAGUUAACGUCCCAUGUCUGAAGAAUUUCGUAGAGAUGCUGUACCAGACAACCUUCGACCUGAGCUCCAGGAAGAAGCACUCUCUGGCCCUGUACCCCUUGGUCACAUGUCUACUGUGUGUCAGCCAGAAGCAGUUCUUCAUCAACAACUGGCAUGUCUUCCUCCAGAACUGUCUGUCCCAUUUGAAGAUGCCAUCUAACAACAGUAUCAGAAAGCAGAUAGAGACUCUGCAGAACAAGGACCCCAAGAUGUCCCGUGUGGCCCUUGAGUCUCUGUACCGGUUGCUGUGGGUCUACGUCAUCCGCAUCAAGUGUGAGAGCAACACGGUGACCCAGAGCCGCCUCCUCAGCAUCGUCUCAGCGCUCUUCCCCAAAGGUUCCCGUAGCGUGGUGCCCCGUGACACGCCCCUCAACAUAUUCGUCAAGAUCAUCCAGUUCAUCGCUCAGGAAAGGCUCGAUUUUGCCAUGAAGGAGAUCAUUUACGAUCUCCUCUGCGUUGGGAAAUCGCACAAAACCUUCACGAUAAACCCGGAGAGGAUGAACAUUGGCUUGAGAGCCUUUCUGGUGAUAGCGGACAGUCUGCAGCAGAAAGAUGGCGAGCCGCCCAUGCCUACCACAGGUGUCAUCCUGCCCUCAGGGAACACCCUGCGUGUCAAAAAGAUCUUCCUCAACACCACGUUGACCGAUGAGGAAGCCAAGGUCAUAGGCAUGUCCCUCUACUAUCCUCAAGUCCGGAAGGCUCUGGACAACAUCCUCAGGCACCUGGACAAGGAGGUGGGCCGUUCAAUGAGCAUGACCAACGUACAGAUGUCCAACAAGGAACCCGAGGACAUGAUCACGGGGGAGAGGAAGCCGAAGAUCGAUUUGUUCAGAACAUGUGUGGCAGCCAUUCCAAGACUCAUUCCAGACGGCAUGAGCAGGCAGGAACUCAUUGAGCUGCUGGCCAAGCUCACCAUCCACAUGGACGAGGAGCUGCGAGGCUUGGCCUUCACCACCCUGCAGGCACUCAUGGUGGACUUUCCAUCCUGGCGGGAGGAUGUGCUCUCAGGCUUUGUGUACUUCAUCGUGCGCGAGGUGACCGACGUGCACCCCACGCUGCUGGACAACGCCGUCAAGAUGCUGCUGCAGCUUCUCUCUCAAUGGCGGCAGGCCGUGCAGUCCAGCCACAAAGGCGUGGAGACUGGGCAGGGCAAUGUGAGCGGGGGCCCGUCCUCGCUAUCCCUGGAGCGCCCCCUACUGACAGUGCUCCAUGUAGCUGAGGGUCUGGCUCUAGUGGUGCUGUGCAGUGUGCGGCCUGCCACUCGCCGGCUGGCUGUCAACGUGCUGAGGGAGGUGCGGGCGCUGGCCGCCGCAUUGGGCAUCGGCAAGGGUGAAGAGGAAUUGGCCAUUGAUGUGAUGGACAGGCUGAGUGCCUCUGUGCUGGAGAGCUUCAUACACCUGACUGGAGCUGACCAGACCAACCUGCUGUACUGCCCAAGUGGCAUCGACCUGCAGACACUGGUGGAAUGGAGCUCGUCUCCCAUCAGCCACCAGUUUGACGUGGUUAGCCCCUCUCACAUCUGGGUGUUUGCCCACGUGACACAAGGCCAGGACCCCUGGGUCAUCAGCCUGUCCAGCUACCUGCGUCAGGAAUACCUGCCCCGGCACUGUCCCUCAGCGCUCAGCUAUGCCUGGAUGUUCGCCUACACACGCCUGCAGCUGCUCUCACCGCAGGUUGACAUCAAUAGCCCCAUCAACGCCAAGAAGGUGAACAGCGUGAGCAGCAGCGACUCGUAUGUGGGGCUGUGGAGGAACUACCUGAUCCUGUGCUGCAGCACGGCCACGCCCUCCCCAGCCUCGUCGUCAUCCUCGUCGUCCUCCUCCGCCUCGGGCUCUGUCCGCUGCUCCCCACCUGAGACGCUGGCCUCUACGCCCGACAGUGGCUACAGCUACGAUUCUAAGAUCAUAGGCAUCCCAUCCGCCUCCUCCUUGUUCAAGCACGUGGUGCCAAUGAUGCGCUCGGAGAGCAUGGACAUCACAGAGUCUUUGGUGCUGGGGCUUGGCAGGACCAGCCCAGUGGCCUUCAGAGAACUUAUAGAAGAACUGAACCCCAUUAUCAAAGAGGCACUUGAAAGGAGACCAGAAAAUAUGAAGCGCCGGCGGAGGCGUGAUAUUCUCAGAGUCCAGCUGGUCCGGAUAUUUGAGUUGCUGGCUGACGCUGGCGUCAUCAGUCAGACGGCGAGUGGAGGUCUUGACGGAGAGUCGCACUCCCUGAACAGCACGCUGCUCGAGUAUGUGGACCUCACGCGGCAGCUUCUGGAAGCUGAGAAUGACAAGGACUCCGACACGCUGAAGGACAUCCGCUGCCAUUUCAGUGCUCUGGUGGCCAACAUCAUCCAGAAUGUUCCGGUGCACCAGCGCCGGUCCAUCUUCCCACAGCAGAGUCUCAGGCACAGCCUGUUCAUGCUCUUCAGCCACUGGGCUGGGCCCUUCAGCAUCAUGUUCACGCCGCUCGACCGCUACAGCGACCGCAACAUGCAGAUCAACCGGCACCAGUACUGUGCUCUCAAGGCCAUGUCGGCAGUUUUGUGUUGUGGGCCGGUAGCGGAUAAUGUAGGACUCUCUUCUGAUGGUUACCUGUACAAAUGGCUGGACAACAUCCUCGACUCCCAGGACCGCAAGGUCCACCAGCUCGGCUGUGAGGCCGUAACACUGCUGCUGGAGCUGAACCCAGACCAGAGCAACCUAUUGUUCUGGGCCGUUGACCGCUGCUACACGGGGUCCCGCAGGGUCGCUGCUGGCUGCUUUCGGGCCAUCGCCAACGUCUUUCACAACAGGGAUUACCAGUCUGACACUGUGGUGCUGCUUAACCUCAUCCUGUUCAAGGCAGCAGACUCAUCCAGGGACAUCUACCAGGUGGCCAUGCAGUUACUGCAGAUCCUGGAGCCCAAGCUGUUCCGCUACGCCCAUAAAUUGGAGAUCCAGCGCAUGGAUGGCAUCCUCAGCCCUCCGUCACCCCUGCCACACCUCUACUCCGUCUCCUACUACCAGCUGUCUGAGGAACUGGCCAGGACCUAUCCUGAGCUGACGCUGCCCCUUUUCUCAGAGGUGAGCCAGCGUAUCCAGACCGCGCACCCCGCUGGUCGUCAGGUGAUGCUACACUACCUGUUGCCAUGGAUGAACAACAUUGAGCUGGUCGACUUCAAGCCAUCGGCACGGCGACAGGGGGAGGCUGCCAUGGGCGAGGAGGAUGAGGAUGCGCGGGAGCGGGACAUGAUGAUGAUCAACAGCAGGCGGUGGUUGAGGGGGGAGGGAUGGGGCUCCCCCCAUGCCACCACCAUGGUGCUGAACAACCUGAUGUUCAUGACCGCCAAGUACGGGGACGAGUUCGCAUGGUCAGAGAUCGAGAACGUGUGGACCACCCUGGCAGAUAGCUGGCCGAAGAACCUCAAGAUCAUCCUGCAUUUCCUCAUUAGCAUGUCCGGGGUGAACAGUGAGCCGAGCCUGCUGCCCUAUGUUAAGAAAGUGGUGGUCUAUCUGGGCCGGGACAAGACCAUGCAACUACUGGAGGAGCUGGUCUCUGAACUGGAGCUCACUGACCCUGUCUGUUCUGCGGUCACUCACAUGGACAACCCGCCCUACUACCGUAUCACCUCCAGCUACAAGAUCCCCUCUGUUACCUCAGGGACUACAUCUAGCAGCAACACCAUGGUACCCGGAGGGGACGGACAUCACGAAGGAAAGAUAAAGGAGAACAACGUGGAGGACAACUACUCGCACCUGGACAUCUACAGUGGCCUCAACAGCAACCUGAACCGACAGCAUCACCGGCUGGAGUCCCGCUACAGCAGCAGCUCGGGGGGGUCCUACGAGGAGGAGAAGGGUGAUUCCAUGCCCGUCUACGCUAACUGGCGUCUAAAGGUGAUGGAGCACAACCAACCAGAGCCGCUACCCUUCCCCCCGACGGGGGGCUGCUGGUCCCCACUGGUGGACUACCUACCCGAAACCAACACCCCCGGCGUCCCCUUGCACAGGUGCAAUAUUGCAGUCAUCCUGCUGACAGACCUCAUCGUUGACCAUGGCGUGAAGGUUGAAUGGAGCUCCUACCUGCAUUUGCUCUUGCAUACCAUCUUCAUAGGGUUUGAUCAUCAGCACCCCGAAGUUUACGAGCACUGUAAACGGCUCCUGCUCCACCUGUUGGUCGUCCAGGGCACGAACAGCAAUGUCCAAUCCCUAGCCUCGGUGCUGCUGCGUAACCGCGAGUACAAUGACCCCAAGGUGCUGACCGUCAAGCAGAUGACCCCCGAGUUCAACCUGACUGGCGUGUACGACUUUGUUCCGGACUGUCAGCCUUCGCCCAUGACCGACUCUGGUCUGAGCUCCAGCUCCACAUCCUCCAGCAUAAGCCUGGGCACUGGGCCAGGGCUACCCCAGCUCACCACCACACUUAUCAAUGAGGUGGACCUCUCUGCGGAGCAAGACGAGAAGGUCAAGUCGCUCAUCGAGUUUAUAACAUCCAGGAAACGUGGACCCCUAUGGAACCAUGAGGAUGUGUCACCAAAAAACCCCAGCAUUAAGAGUGCAGAUCAGCUCACUGUGUUCCUCAGACACGUGGUCACUGUGUUCAAACAGCUCCAGCCAGGGUUCCAGCUGGACCAGCUGCUUAGUGAGGUAGCUCUGCAGACCGCGCUAUCCUGCUCGUCGCGUCACUACGCCGGCCGCUCCUUCCAGAUCUUCCGAGCGCUGAAACAGCCCCUGACGGCUUCCACGCUGUCUGACGUGCUCUCACGCCUUGUGGAGACAGUCGGUGACCCUGGGGAGGAGGCACAGGGAUUCGUCAUAGAGUUACUCCUGACCCUAGAGGCCGGCAUUGACACUCUCGCUGACUCCAUGAAGAGCUACGACUUCCUGUCGGCGCUCUCGCAGACGUCUUACUCGGCAGACCCCAUCCUAUGCAAGUUCGCAGCAAACCGGAAGAGCACCGGGCAGCUGAACCUGGGCGGCGGUGGGGGGCUGCUGCAUGCACACUAUGGCCACACCCGCAGCAACUCUCUGCGUGCCAGCCUAAUGGGCGACCGCAAGAUGGAGCGGCGCUGCAACACCCUGGACAUCGCAGAGGGCCGCGGCGGCAUCCACGGAAGCCUGGCGCGCACGCGCAGCCUGUCCUCUCUCCCGGAGGGUACCGGCCCCGGGGGCGGGGAGCCGGCACCCCCUGUCGACCCCUGCAACCUCAUGGCCACCAUCUUCUGGAUUGCGACGUCGCUGCUGGAGUCGGACUACGAGUUCGAGUACCUGCUAGCGCUGCGGCUGCUGAGCCGGCUGCUGGGCCAGCUGCCGCUGGAACGAGCCGAGAGCCGUGAGCGCAUCGAGCGCGUGCAGGCCAAGCUGCGCUGGCAUGGCUUCCCCGGCCUGCAGCAGCUCUUCCUCAAGGGCUUCACGUCGGGCGCCACUCAGGAGCUCACCGUGCACCUGCUCAGCAAGCUGCUCCCUGUGUCCCGGCACACGCUGGUGGACCCGACACAGGCCGCAGGUUUCCCCCUGAACAUCCUGUGCCUGCUGCCACACCUCAUCCAGCACUUCGACAGCCCCACAGCGUUCUGCCGCGAGACGGCUGACCGCAUUGCACGCGCCUGCGCCGAGGAGAAGGACCGCGCCGCCGCGCUCGCCAACCUGGCCCACAUGAUGAGUCUGUACAGCACCCACAGCUACUCGCGCGACUGCGCCAACUGGACCAACGUGGUCUGCCGCUACCUGCAUGACUCUUUCUCUGAGAUCUCCUUCAGCCUGGUCACCUACCUGGUGGAGUUUCUCGAUAAAGGGCUGACCAGUAUGCAGCAGCCGCUCCUGCAGGUGAUCCACAGCCUGCUGAGUCACAUCGACCUGUCGGCCGCCCCCGUCAAGACCUUCAACCUGGAGAUCAUGAAGAUCAUUGGGAAGUAUGUGCAGAGCCCAUACUGGAAGGAGGCUCAGAACAUCCUGAAGCUAGUGGUGUCUCGCUCGGCCAGCCUGGUGGUGCCGGACGAGGUUCACCGCGAGUGCACGGGCUCCCCUGAGAUCGCCUUCACGCGCAUCUUCAACAGCUCCUCCAAGGAGCUGCCCGGCAAGACACUGGACUUUCACUUCGACAUCUCCGAGACACCGAUCAUAGGCCACAAAUACGGAGACCAACGGAACGCCGCGGGUCGGAACGGCAAGCCACAGGUCAUUGCUGUGACAAGGAGCACCUCGUCCACCUCCUCGGGGUCCAACUCCAAUGGGCUGGUUCCUGUUAGCUGGAAGAGGCCUCAACUCUCCCAGAGAAGAACCAGAGAGAAGCUGAUGAACGUCCUGUCCCUCUGUGGGCCAGAGUCUGGUCUUCCAAAGAAUCCCUCUGUGGUGUUCUCAUCCAACGAGGACCUGGACUCUGGGGACCAACAGACCAGCCUGAUCCCCACGGUGGAGGAGGCCGUGCGGGAGGAGGAGGCAGCAGCCGAGGACACGGGCAGCGAGCAGCAGUUUGGCGUCUUCAAGGACUUUGACUUCCUGGAUGUGGAGCUGGAGGAUGCAGAGGGGGAGAGCAUGGACAACUUCAACUGGGGCGUGCGGAGGCGCUCCCUGGACAGCAUGGACAAGGGUGACACACCCUCGCUGCAGGAGUGCCAGGAAUUUGCUGGAAGCACGCCCAGCCUGAACCUCACCAACCAGGAGGACACUGACGAGUCUUCCGAGGAGGAGGUACUGACCGCUAGUCAGAUUCUGACCUGCUCCCACCUCCUGAAUAGCGAUUCAGCCACUGACGAUGCCACCUCUAACCACGUGGACUCGCUGCAGCAGUCCCAGGAGUCAUCCAGCAGCGCUGUGAUAGAGGAGGCCACGCUGGUGCAGCUCCCUGACAGCCCCGCCCUAGAGCCCGCCCACUCAGACAGCGCCAGCAGCCAGCCGGCUGAGGAUGCCAGUGGCUUUGCAGCAGAUGAACUGAGCAGCAGUGUGAGCGAAGACACUGGCUUCUGCAGUGCCCCCCCUCUGCUGCCAGACUCCCAGGACCCCCAAGACGAGCUGGACCCCGCGCCCCCUCCUCCACCUCCUGCCCCGGACAGCCCUCCCGGGUCCAUCUGUGAGGAGGAUGUGACUUUGGCCCUGAAGGAGCUGGAUGAGAGGUGUGAGGAGGAGGAGGCGGACUUCUCGGGGUUGUCCAGUCAGGAUGAAGGCGACGUGGAAGGCUUCCCAGAAAUUCAGGCGUCUCCACCACCUUCGCCCUUCCUGUCCGCCAUCUUGGCAGCUUUCCAGCCGGUGGCCUACGACGACGAAGAAGAUGCCUGGCGUUGCCACGUCAACCAGAUGCUGUCGGACACAGACGGGACAUGCGCAGUGCACACUUUCCAUGUCUUCUCCCGUCUCUUCCAGAGUAUCCAGCUGAAGUUCAGCACCAUCACAAACGCGUCCAUCGCUUUCCUGGGGGCUGGCCUCCAGCGGGUCGGCAGCAAGUUCCACAGCUCGCUGGACGUGAUGAUGAGCUGCUCCCAGUGUCCGACUGUCUUUCUGGAUGCGGAAACGCUGGUGUCCUGUGGCCUCCUGGAAACCUUGAAGUUCAGCGUGCUGGAGCUCCAGGAGCACUUGGACACCUACAACACCAAGAGGGAGGCAGCCGAACAGUGGCUGCAGAACUGCAAGAAAACAUUUGGAGACAAAGAAGGUGGACAGCAACUGAACACUCAGGCCCAGCAAAUGGAAGCUCUGGCAGAGCUAGAGCUCUGCCGCAGGCUCUACAAGCUACAUUUCCAGCUGCUGCUGCUUUUCCAGGCCUACUGCAAGCUCAUCAGCCGGGUGGACACCAUCAAGAGGGAGGCCGAGGUAACAAAUAUGUCUGAGGAGUUGGCUCUCUUGGAGAGCUGUCUUAAGGAGGCAGAGUCUCUGGGAGAUAGACAGGAGGAAGUAACUUUGCCCGAGAUGGCUCAGGCUGACACUGAGAAUGCCAUCCAUUCCCUAAUCGAGUCCCUGAGGGGGCGGGACUUCAGCGCCGCACUGGCGCAAGUCAAAACCUUCAGGUCUCGAUGGCCCAGUGACAUCUUCGGCAGCGACACAGACGACGCGGUCCAGACGCUGCUACACAUCUACUUCCGGCACCAGAGCCUGGGCCAGACGGGCUGCCUGGCGGUGGUGGGGCCCAGCCGAGACCUCUCCCAGGCCAGCGGCCUGCUCACACAGCUUAACCUGCAGAUCCGUGAGUCGCUGCGCCUGGCCCAGAGUCCCCCCGUCAGCGUCGGCUUCUGAGUCAGCUGAGCCUCCAGAUGUCUAAGGGCUAAAGGACUUCCGGGAAUCUGUUGUGUGUGAGCGUUUGCAGGGGGUGUUUGCGUGUGUGGGUGUACCUAUGUAUAUAUGUAUAAACUAGUCUCCUCCUCACAAUAAGCCAACGCUAUGUUCAGCCGCAAUAAUGCUUCGAGGUGACCUUAUGGCGUGGAAGCAGAUGGAUGAUAGCGCCUGCUAGAGGACUCUCAGCGGAAUGACCCUCAAGGCUUCCAGGACCACUGGGCGGCUAGGGUUAUGCCCUAGAAUACGGGGGGGCUGGCAUAAUGGAGAUAUCUCUGCUUCAAGGACUGAUAACCAGAAAAGCUUUCAAAUGCAUGCUUGGAAGAGAACGCACUGCAAGAGUAUUUUUUUGGAGAAAUUUUUAUUUUUUAAUCAGCUAAACCUAGUUUGUGAAUGUUUCCUGAGUGCCCCCCCCCCCCCCCCCCCAUGUUAUUCCUAUCAGCCACCUCUAGGGGUCGGGCUACUUCCUCGCUUGGAGUUUUCUCUAAUGAAAUCUGAUUGUAGGUAACCAAAAUGGUAGUUGCCUUUAGAGAGGUGUGUAUGUGGGUGGGUGUGUGUGCGUGUACAGACACACAAGCACCCAUAAUCUCAGAUUUAUGCACACGCUAAGUGCAAACCGACUCAUUAUAAAACGAUGGUAACUUAUUUUACUCUGUAUAUAUUUUAGAAAUGUAUAGUGUAAAACCAGUAUUUUUUUUUUCUUGUAUAUUUGUGCAAUGCACUGUUAUUCCAGAGUAGGUGUAUAAAGCGUUUUUUUGGGAGGGACCAGAUGGAAUUAUCGCUAACCGAACCGCUCCAUCGUCAUUUUUUUUUUUCCCACAUCAAUAUGUCACAACCAACCCUUGUUUGGCUGUGGUCAUGGUCUACGUGGAGGGCGGUCUUGAUGCCUUUACUCGUCGACCGUGCCUCUGAACGCUUGCUUGGCGGCCAGCCUGCACCGAGGACGAGGAAGGUGUGGAAAACUCACUUUCCUUGGAACUGGGAUAAAGAUGCCUGGGCCUGCCUGGACAUUAUGCAUUCCUCCACUUCACUGUGAUCUUCAUGUUGGUUCUGCUUGACCUGGGGGGGGGGGGGUUACUGAUGGCGCGUCGCAGCACUGUGUUCUGCAAAGAAACUGUAGCCCGCGUUCAUCCAUGUUAGCUCUGCUGUGCUUUUGAAAGGCACUGUGCUUUCUGCCAAAGCGCAGGGACAUGAACUAUAUUAAAAAACCUGUGUCACGGCACAUUAAAAUGAUCACUGUACUCGGCCCUUACAGGGAACUCUUCUGUUGGCUGUUUGGUACUUUUGAAUGCUGUUCUUAAUUAUUUAAUGGGUAUAUUAUUUACUGGGAAAAUAGUUUUUAUUUAGAGGUGCAUUACACAUUUUUUUUUCUAUCUCAUACCAGCCUUCUUCAUAGAUAAAGCCUGACCACAUGUAUGUGUUCUGCUUAACUCUGGCUUUUGACUGCGUGGAGGGAUGUUUGGAGAGCAGAGCAACUCUGACGUGGUAGCACCUUCUGUACAGCGGUCUGCUCCCUGCUCGCCAGCUGUGAGCCACGUGUGUGCCCACAUGUGAGGCCUGGCAGAGGCUGCUGGGUAUUACGCCUGGGAAUGGGCGAUGUGGAGGAGCUCCUACAUGCACAUAUUCUCACUCUGCUCCCACCUAGGGGCUAGCUCUGCUGUGGCCUCUCCGCUGUUAUUUAUUUUAAAAGGUAUUUAAUUCAUUUGAAAUGUUUAUUAAAGAACCAUUUAAAUCA